AUGGCGUCCACUUCUACAGAUCCAGCCCCACCAAAAUCCAGCACUGACAUUGAUACAGAAGCGGUACAAUUGAUUGGUCAAGGCAAACGUAAUAUGGCUAUUGGAGACAUACCCGCAGCUGUGAACUGUUUGCAGGAGGCUUCUGAAUUGCUAGGUGUGAAGUAUGGCGAGGCUGCCAAUGAAUGUGGAGAGGUAUAUUUUGAAUAUGGUAAAGCCUUAUUAGAACUGGCUAGGAUGGAAACGGGAGUACUGGGCAAUGCUUUACAAGGUGUGCCCGAGGAAGAUGAAGCAGAGGAGAGUGAUGAUGGUAAAGUUGAAAAACCAGACGAUGUGCAAGGUGAGGAAAGAGACAAGAUAAGUGAUGAUGUAAUAGAUGCAAUGACUGAAUCAAAAGAACCAAAAAAAGAUGGUGAACAGUCGGAAUCAAAAACUGAUGAGAAGUCUGAAAAAGAAAAAUCUGAGAAAGAGGAUGAAGCAAAGAAAGAUGAUUCAGAGGGAAAAACUGAAGGAGAAAAAGCAGACAAAGAAAAGAAAGACGAAGAGAAGGAAGUGACUGAGAAAAAAGAUGUAGCUGAGAAGAAAGAUGAGAAAGAAGUGGCUGGGGAAAAAGAUGAGAAGGAAGUGGCGGAGAAAAAAGAUGUGGCUGAGAAGAAAGAUGAGAAAGAAGUGGUUGAGAAGAAAGACGAGAAAGAAGUGGCUGAGAAGAAAGAUGAGAAGGAAGUGGCUGAGAAGAAAGAUGAGAAGGAAGUGGCUGAGAAGAAAGAUGAGAAGGAAGUGGCUGAGAAGAAAGAUGAGAAGGAAGUGGCUGAGAAGAAAGAUGAGAAGGAAGUGGCUGAGAAGAAAGAUGAGAAGGAAGUGGCUGAGAAGAAAGAUGAGAAGGAAGUGGCUGAGAAGAAAGAUGAGAAGGAAGUGGCUGAGAAGAAAGAUGAGAAGGAAGUGGCUGAGAAGAAAGAGGAAAAAGACGAGGAAGAGGAAAGUAUGGAGGAAGGUGCUGAGGAAGAUGAUAGUGCUGCUGAAGAUGAAGCGGGUCCAGCUGGAGAAAAAACAGAAAAUGAAUCGGAAACUGAGGAUGUGUCAAAUUUUCAACUGGCCUGGGAAAUGUUAGAAUUAGCUAAAGUUAUAUUCCGAAGGCAACAAGGCAAAGAAGCUGAUCUUCGGGUGGCGCAAUGCUACUUGAAACUAGGGGAAUUGGGACUGGAAACUGAGCAAUAUGGGCAAAGUGUUGGAGACUUUAAAGACUGUUUAAAUUUACAAAUGAAGCAAUUAUCACCAGAAAGCAGACUUCUUGCAGAAACUAAUUAUCAAUUGGGUCUUGCACAUUCGUUUGACAAAUCAUUUGAUUCAGCAAUAGAGCAUUUUAAAGCAGCCAAAAAGGGUAUUGAAGACAGAAUGGUGAUGUUAACAAAGAGAAUUGAAGAAAGUGAAAAAGGAAAGGGCAAAGAAAAAGCAAGUGAUGAUGAUCCUUUGGUGGCUGACCAAAAAGAAAUGGGAGAGUUGAAAGAUCUAAUACCUGAUAUCAUGUCAAAGAUUGAAGAUGCUGAAGACAUGAGAAAGAGUUUAGAAAAUGAAAUAAAAGCUGCAACUGAAGUUAUAGCUGCUGAGUUUGGUUCAAGUGAAGUAAAAGCUGAAAGUUCUGAAAGCAAGAAACCAGAGAGUGCUGCUCCUAUUAACGACAUUAGUCAUCUUGUUCGUAAAAAGAGGAAGCCAGAAGAAGAGAUAAGUAAGGAAGGCACUGAAAGUGUUGAUGCCAAAAAACCCCGAUCUGAAGUGGAAAACGGAAGUGGUGACAAAACAGCUGAGAAAACAACCAAUGGAGUUGAAAAGGUGAAUGGUGUCAAUGGUGUAGAUAGUUCCCCUGAAAAAAAGAAAGGAAAGGAAAUUCAAACCAAGACUGUGGAGGAUGUGAAGAAAGAUUCAGAGAAGGAAACUGAGGCUCCCAUGGAAACAUCCUAGUCACUGCUGUGUAACGCCAUAGAUUUAAUUGGACCUCACAAAACCAAUUCCAAUCUUCAGAUCCAAGCGAAAUUCAAUCCCCAUUAAAUCGUGAUAUUGCUUACUUUAUUGUUUCACUCCAUUUCUUAGAAGAUGAGUGAAAACACCAGUGAAUUUGAUUUCUUCUGAAAACUUGCCAGUUAAAUAACUCUUGGCAGAAUUUGAUGUUUUCAGGUGGGCUGUAUUUCAGUUUGUCAACAAAUGCAUUCCAUCUACCACCUACCUCAACAGGUGUUUCAUCACUGCAAGUCUUGCCUACUCCAUGUCCACAAUGUGGCAACUAUAGAUGACGCAGGUGCUCUUGUAAGCAGUGUCUUCGAUUUAAAGAGUUUCACAACAAACGCAUUCUUCUCCGCAGUCUUUUUUACCACCUUUGUACUAUGCAUUAUUGGCACAAUUGAAGUGUUGUACAUUUCUGCUCUUACCGCUCAGUAUUCAGAUUUCAGAUCCUGUCAUUCCAAGGCUGAUUAGAGGUUUAGUCUUCAAAUUAAUCUUCAGCAUUCAUCAAUCAUGUGCAAAUAGACAUUCAAGUCGGGUAUCAAGCAUGAGAUUCUUAUCUUUCACUGCCGCUUAUUCUCAAGCCUGUUCAAUGAUUACAUCAAAUAUUCCCAUUCUAAAGCACAUCAGUUGAUCACACUGAAUUGGAAAUGACAUUUUCUAACAAUUGGUUAUAUAUUUUGUUUCAGUUCUGUAGAUUGAUAUUAUCUUAGAUAUUAUUUUACAUAUAUACACACUAGAAUCAUAGUACUCUAUACAGUGUUGCUUAUUUUGUUUGUGUUUGUGCAGAAUAAAUACAAUUUAUAAAAAAAGAGAAA